AUGCUCUUUUACUAUCUUGCCAUGCCGCUCGUCAAUGUUGGAGGGCGUGUCUUCCAAGCCUCAGAGGACUUGCUGCGGCACUGCGGCAAGCUACUUGUGCGGGUGUUCGAUGGACCCAUCCCAGUUGACCGUGAUGAGGAGGGCCGGGUAUUCUUGGACAGAGAUCUUGAUCUUUUUGAGUGGGUUCUGCGUUUUGCGCGCACCGGUGAGAUUAGCAAAGACUUCCCUGGGGCUCUUCAGGCAGAGUUCGAUUACUUGCUCUUGGAUUGGCCAGAUGCCUGCGCGCGUUGCAAAGUGCGCUUUGACAGUUCUUGUGCGAGUUUCGCGUCGCAGGAGCUUUGUGAGGAGGUGCUUGGCGGCACUGCCUUCGUGUUGGUUGCGCUCCUGAGCCCAGCACGGGUUGCACCAGCGCUGAAGCCGGUCCAGGAGGAGGCCGAGAGACGACGUGAGGAGGCUGAGAAGGUUCGGGCAGAGGCAGAGGCGCAGCUCAAGAUGGCCAAGCGAAAGGAAGCCGAGGAAAAGCGAAAGGCCGAGGCUGAAGCUAAGAGAAAGGAGGCUGAAGAAAAACGCAAGGAAGAUGAAGAAAAAAGAAAGGCAGCAGAGGAGGAGCGCAAGGCUGCAGAGGCCAAGAAGAAAGAAGAGGCCGAGAAGGCCCGUGCAGAGGCUGAUGCCAAGAGAAAAGAAGCGGAGGAAGAACGCAAGGCUGCUGAGGCCAAGAAGAGAGAAGAGGCUGAGGCAAAAAAGAAGGCAGCCGACGAGGAGCGCAAGGCUGCAGAGGCCAAGAAGAGAGAAGAGGCCGAUAAGGCUCGCGCUGAGGCUGAAGCCAAGAGGAAAGAAGCAGAGGCAGAGCGCAAGGCUGCCGAGGCCAAGAAGAGAGAAGAGGCUGAGAAGGCUAGAUCUGAGGCUGAGGCAAAGAAGAAGGCAGCCGAGGAGGAGCGCAAGGCUGCAGAGGCCAAGAAGAAGGAAGAGGCAGAACAGGCCCGGGCGCAGGCUGAAGCACAGAAGAAGGCAGCCCAGGAGGAGCGCAAGGCUGCAGAGGCCAAGAAGAAGGAAGAGGCAGAACAGGCCCGGGCGCAGGCUGAAGCACAGAAGAAGGCCGCUGAGGAAGAGCGCAAGGCUGCAGAGGCCAAGAAGAAGGAAGAAGCAGAGAAGGCUCGGGCGCAGGCUGAAGCACAGAAGAAGGCCGCUGACGAACAGCGAAAGGCUGCAGAGGCCACGAAGAAGGAAGAGGCAGAGAAGGCUCGGGCGCAGGCUGAAGCGCAGAAGAAGGCCGCUGACGAACAGCGAAAGGCGGCAGAGGCCAAAAAGAAGGAAGAGGCAGAGAAGGCUCGGGCUGAAGCGCAGAAGAAGGCCGCUGAGGAAGAGCGAAAGGCAGAGGAGGCUAAAAAGAAGGCGGAAGAGGAAGCCAAAAAGAAGGAAGCAGAAGCAAAGAAGAAGAAGGAGGAGGACAAAGAGAAGGCCAAAAUAUCCAAGCUGCCAGAUGUUGUCCUUGCCCAGUCAUCCGAGGCGCGUAUUCAGGCCAAGGCAAAGUUUGACAAGGCUCUGCAAACCAUCAAGCAGAAGGCCAAGCAGGCUGAGGACAAAGACCGGGAGAUGAUUGGCAACAUCCAGAACUUGGACGGAAAGAUCAAGUCCACAAAGGACGCGUAUGACAAAGCAAAAGGCUCAGAGAAGGAUGCCAAACUCAAGGAGCUCAACAAGCUUCGUGAUGACAAACUCAUCGCCGAGAAAGCCAGGAAGGCUGCUGAGGCAGAGCUGCAAAGUGACAAGCGUGAGUUCAAGAAAGCCCAGAAGGACGGGGACCUCGAGACAGCGGAGAAGAGCAUCCAAAGCUCCAAGCAAGACGUGAAGAUUGAGCUGGACAGGCUUCGCUCCAAGGACCGCCCAGUUUUGGAAAAGGCGCUAAAAGAGAGGAAGGAGAAGGCAGAUGCUGCACGAAGAUCUCAGAGUGAAGUGUCAGCCAGAGUCUUGAAAUUGGAGGCUGAAAAGAAGGACCUUGCUUCAAAGUUGCAGAGGGAGGAGGCCCAGCUGAAAGACGAGUUGGCAAAGGCUUGA